UUUCACAAAAUCAACAGAGAUGUAUCGAGGGUAUUACUUAUUUCUUAAGACUUGAAGUGUCGUUUUGCAGCUGAGAGUGGAACUAAGUAAUUAUCAUGGAGAUUAUAAACCAGCUAUUCAGCCAUGUGGACUCCCUUCACCAUUUUCUCCUGAAGACGGCCAAAGUGAUUGGCUCCAGUCAAGAGUUGGAGGACAGGUUGCUAAGAGACGGUGACAGUGACAGCUAUAGGAGUCUUCUGCAUGAUGUGAUGGUUGGUUCUACAGACAGUGUUGGUGCUGGUGUCCCUGUGUCAGUCGAUUACACUCCGCUUACCAAACUGAGUGAAGUGGGUAUCAACGUGAUUCAGAAACUCGUCAAGAAAAAAUGUGAAAAGAAUGUUUUUUCUUUUGGACACUACGAACUCUCCCAUAACUCUGCAGCACAAAUAUCAUCCUGCCUACGCUCAGAAUAUGCCUAUCCCAACCACACUAAUGCACUGCUGCACUGUAGGGCGUGGAAAACACUUCAUUCUAGGAUAGGUGACCAGCUGAUGAUGUAUCUUCUAGAGAGACAGUCAAUGUUUGUGCCAGUUGGUCAAGACUCCUAUAUACAAAUAACAGGUGUUCCAGUGUAUGAUAUGAUAUCUAGGAUAGAAGGUACAUGUUCACAACUAAACCCCACCUGCCAUUAUGGUGGAAAAGAUAUCACAGGGAUGGUUUCUAACAUGGGGAAGAGGAAAAGGACAAUGGAUGGAAAGCAGCAAAAGAAGGCGCUGCAUCCUAGUUGUGAACAACCUGACAGUCAGGGUAUUGAUGGAAUGAUGGAUGAUAUUCCAUGCAAAAGGCCAAAAAUCAUUGUGGACUCUCAAAAAGUUCAACAUUAUAGUCAUCACAAGCAGUUGCCCAGAAAGAAUAUGUUCUAUGCAAGGAACUUGAGAGAAAAACUACCAAACUCAUUUCACCCUACUUGUGUUGAUGAUCUAGUGGAGGAGGUAUUUUUAAAGAUAGAUGUCACCACUGCAGCUUCAGUUUCCAUGGCUACUGUGUCACAUGACAAAUGUAGUGAAAAGGAUGUGAGGGAAGCUACACUAGGUGUUACAGUCACCAGUGCAGUCAAACCACUCCUGUUUUGUCUACUUGAAAAUUUGAGGAAAAAGUCCAUCAUAUAUAGCUUGUUGAACUAUCACUGCAAAGCACCACAGUUGAAAACCUGCAGACCCAGAGCCAGAAGGCUUCCCAGCAGAGGAGAAAGUUCCCAGUCAGCAGCAGACAAGGUGGUUAGAAGAGGGAAGAUGGGAGGUCCAACAGUGGCCCAGUUGUUAGAAACACACUCCAGACACAGACAGGUGUACCUAUUUUUGAGAUCUUUGUUGAAGAGGAUAGUGCCACUCCAGCUGUUUGGGUCUCCUUACAACAGAAGAGUAUUUCUUAAAAAUGUUCGAAAGUUUGUUGGGCUUGGAAGAUAUGAAACUUUACAACUGGGUGAAAUUAUGAGAAAAAUGAAGGUGUCUCACUGCAAGUGGUUGAAGAGUGUAAAGAACCCUGUAGUGAGGGAAAACCUUGUUGCCAUGGUGUUGUGGUGGAUCAUGACCAGGGUUGUCAUGGUUACACUGAAGUCCUACUUUUACAUCACAGAGACAGGGCCCUAUAGGUAUCACACCUUCUACUUCAGGAAGAGACUCUGGAUGACACUCAGAGCCAAGGGGGUGUCCGAUUUCUUAAAGUUGGGUACCCUUGCUCCAAUGAGCGAGAAGGAAGCCAUGGAAAUGAUGCAUGCUGGGAUAUCUCUGGGUUGUUCUCAGUUACGUCUACUGCCCAAGUUGUCCUCCUUGAGACCCAUAGUCAGCAUGGGGCUGGGUAUAGGUACACAGGCAUUAUCUGUUAAACAGCAGCUGUCAAAUGUGCUUCAUGUUCUCAGUUACAUCAAGAACAUGAAUCCUGGUUUGGUUGGUUCCUCUGUAUUUGGUCUAGAUGAUAUCUACGCUCAGUGGAGAAAUUUUGUUCUGAAGAGAAGAGCAGCAGAGGACACUGGGCCUCUUUAUUUUGUGAAAGCUGACAUUGAGAAAUGCUUUGACACCAUCCUUCCAGAGAAGCUGUAUUCUGUUGUGGAGAAUGCCUUGAAUUCUGUUAAGGCCUCAGAAUUCAUCAUCAGGAGGUAUGCAGUGGUAUUGAAUAUGAGAGGAAGACUGAGAAAACAGUUCAGAAAGAGUGUUCAUACACUUACAGAUUUUGAGCCAGAUUUCCAGAAAUUUACAAAGUCAUCAUUGAAACAUUUAAGAAAUGCUGUUAUUGUUGACCAGGUUAUGUACAGACAUGAGAAUAAAGAGAGUCUACUGAGUCUGAUAAAGACGCACCUGUUCCACAACAUUAUCAAGGUUGGCAGACGGUAUUACCACCAGUUCCGAGGGAUCAGCCAGGGUUCCGUCCUAUCGUCCAUGUUAUGUAACCUGUACUACGCUGCCAUGGAGAGGGACGUGUUCGCAGUGUCGGAGGGAGAGCUGCUCAUGCGGCAUGUGGACGAUUUCCUGUUCGUGACACCACAUUUGGAGAAUGCCAGGGCUUUUUUGAAAAGAUUGAGUGAUGGUAUAAAAGAAUUUAAUUGUUUCAUCAACAAGUCCAAGACCUUGGCCAGUUUUGAGAGUGAUGACAUAAUUCCUGUUUGUUCUGCAGCACUGUUUCCAUGGUGUGGGUUAUGUCUGCACAUGGCAACCUUAGAGGUCAUGGUGGACUACAGCCGUUAUAAUGGACUGAAUUUGAGAGACACAAUGACAAUGGAAUGUGGAGUAAGAGCUUUGAGGGAGACUUUGGCAUUUUCUCUCAAACAAAGAUGCCAUGGAAUUUUCUUGGAUAUCCAACUGAAUUCUCUCCCGACUGUUCUGCUUUCCACCUACAAGAUGUUCCUGAUGACAGCCAGGAGAUUUCAUUGUUUCAUGAAAAAGUUCCCCACAGGAAGGAAAGCCAAUGAAAACCCAGCUUUCUUCUUAGGCUUGAUUCAGGAGCUCAUUCAUCUGUUUUUCUGCUAUGGCAAGCACAGAGUGUGGGACAAGCAUAAAGACCCAGGAACAAGGAUCAAAGAGGAUCUGACAGAAUGGUUAGGUCUCAGAGCCUUCCUCCAGGUUCUACGAAAACACCAAGGGGGCUACUUUAAACUGUUGAAACUACUUAAAACAAGGUUUUCUAGAUGUGAAAGGAAAAUGAAACUUACUACUAGUACCACCUAUCAAAAUUUGACAGAAAUUACCAGUCAAGGAGAACCCCGGGAGUUUGACGAUAUUAUGCUGUAAAAAGAAAGCUAUGCUCUCCAAGGAGAAUCUACACUAUGCAGUCAAGACUACCACAGAUCUCUCCAGCAGAGGAUCACCAAGGGAUUGAAAUGGCUGGAAAAUGUUGAUCAUGUACUUGGAGGCAGCGGUAGGAUUGGUCAGUGCUGAAAUCAGCUGUGGAGGGUAUCUAGACUAUUUCUCCGGCAGCUGCGACUCUGGAACAUAGCAGGAGUGUAGCCAGCAGUUUCAGAGUGGGGGGUCUCGUUUUCUCAAAAAUGUGACCUUUUUAACCCCAACUUGAGAAAUGGCAA